AUGGACCAAGAAGGCCAGCCAUUGCUUUCAAAAGAUUUUCAACAGGUUCUGCUGGCUACUGCAUCCGGAAACAAUUCAUCAUGGACAGAAAGGACUGUUCCCAACAAUGAAAGUACAGAUACAGUGAAACACGAUCCUACGCUGGGACAAAACGAUGUAUUUGAUUUAGAUCCUUUAUCAUUUGAUAAAUGGGUACCCUUUCUAAGAAGUGCACUUGAUAAAAACCAAUUGGAUCCCGUGAUUGAUGAAUUGGAAAACUCGAUUGAGGAUAACUUUCAAGGUCUGGAAUUGCAGUUAUUACAAGACUCUCAAAUGAAUGAUAAACUGGAAACAUCUAUAGAUGAAAUCGCAAACAUCCAAGGUAUGGUACAAGAUACUCUAUCCAGCGAAAUUUCCAAAUUUCAAACGAAAUUAAGUGAGUCAGCAAAUGAAUUAAUUGUCAAGAAACAAAUGUAUGUUAAUAACAAAAAAAUUUCAUUGAAAAUUUCAGAAGCCACAAUUUUGAUCACUAAGGUUGUUAGGAUCUUAGAAUUAUCUAGCAAAUGUCAAGAGUUGAUUACUGAAAGAAAGUUUUUCAAAGUCUUACAAAACUUGGAUAGUUUGGAGAAAUUGUAUCUACAAGAAUUCAAGAAUUACAAUUUCCAAUUUUUAAUUGAAAUUUACAAUUCUAUACCAUUUUUACAGAAAGUUACCAAGGAUGAGUGUAUAAAUUUGAUUAGGAACUCUCUGAAUUUAAAUUUAGGAAAGAAUUUGAUAAAGGUGGGGCAAGAAUUCGUGGCAAUUUACGAGAAUGAAUUACUUCCGCAAUGGCUUGAAACUAGAUCUAAAAUGAAGUUGAUAAACUUUAAAUUUAAUUCGCCUGUUGAGAUUUCCAUGAGAGAUGAAUCUUCUCUAGUAAAGCUGAACUUCGGUGAAUUUUUCCAAUUAGAUGACUUCCACGAUUCUAUAAUGAUUUUCCAAAACUUAAACGAAUUGAGCACCCUCUCCGGCGAGUUUAAUAAAGAAUAUGAACUGAGGAAGACAAAACUAAUGUACCCGUUGAUAUGGAAGAAGAAUAAAACAGCUGCAUAUCAAAUGGAUUCGUUAUUACGAGGUACAGGUACUACUGCUGGUGCAGCUGCGCAUGAUAUCUCGACGGAUGAUUCUUUCACACAAAGUUUGAGUUUAUCCUUUUUGCAGGAUUAUUUUUUGAAAAUUCUCGGUUUCUUAUUGUAUGAUAUUAAUUUAAAUAAAGCUACCGAAUUUAUCCUUGUUGAUAAUAACUAUAAUUCUACAAAUGAAUUUUGGGAUGGACUCAUGAAUAGAUUGUCACCGUAUUUGAAUUAUUUCAUCGAUGAAAGGCUAAAAACAGAAGAAGAUAUGAUUAAAUUAAAAGAUUUUCUUUGUAUUUAUGUUGCCAUUUUAGAAAAUUUUAAAUUGAACAUCGAACCUCUAUAUAAAAUUUUGGUUUCAAUUUUCGAGAAAUUCUGUUCUGUUUCCUUGAGUGCCUUUAAGAAUGAAUUUCAAAUCUUGUUAAAUGACGAUGAUUUUAUGCCUUUAUCCAUCAAUGACAAGGCAUUAUAUGAGAAAGUUUUAAAGAUUUGUUGGAUGAAGGAGGACGAACAUCUUCACCCACCAGAUUCAACAAACGGAGAACCGUUUUCUGUGACUUUACCUUUUUCUCCAUUAUACCCAAUGACAUGUACACUGGCUAAGAAAACGUAUUCUAAAAUAACCGCAUUCCUAUCCAUAUUUUAUCGUCAUGAAUUACACACUUUGAAUAAUAUCCUAGUAAAAACAAUGGACGAUAUAUUUAAUAACAUUGUGAAUAAAAAAAUCCGCUCUAAACUUGAAAGCACCUCGAGAGAAGAAAUUGCACAAAUCUUAAUCAAUUUAGACUAUUUCAUCAUAGCAGCGAAAGAAUUUAGUAAUUUCAUGACAAGAGAGAAUAUUUUACAAAACCCGGAUAUGGAAAUACGAUUAUCUUCGAUAAAAUAUCUUGCUGAAAGCAGGAAGCUGGCUGAAACAAAGCUAAUUGAAUUGAUCGAUUCUAAGAUAUCAGAUAUUCUUGAAACUAUUGAAAUUGACUGGAAAAUAAGGGAGGUAAGGCAAGACCCAGAUAUUUCCAUCAUUGAUCUGGCACAAUUCUUAGAAAUGAUGUUUGCCAGCACACUACAAAAUUUACCAUAUAGCGUUCAAACGUUAUUGAUUUUCCGUGAGUUUGACUCCUUAACGAGACAAUUCAUGGAUCUAUUAUUGCAUGACACACCAAGUAUAAUUACACAUGAGAGCAUAAUAAAUUUUGAAGUUGACAUCAAUUAUUUAGAGAGCAUUAUUCCUAGGAUAUUCCCCUCUACACCAGGUACUAUAGACAGUAAUGGAUACCAGUCGCCAAUGACACCUUCGACACCCACAUUUCCAAAUGCCAACGGCGUUGACGCUCCAACGUUAUUUGAAAAUAAUAUUAAAUCGCUAGAAGCUACAUUUAUGGAAUUGAAGCAGUGUAUAGAGUUACUAAAGGCUCAGGGAAAAGACUAUAAUGAACCAGAAAUAAGAUUAAGAAAAUAUUCAAGAAUUAGACAGGAAGAUGCCGCUCUUUUAUUGAGCAAAAUUCAGCACUUCGUCUCCUCUGUGGAUGGAGCUAACGGUGAUGAUAAUAGCGUUAUGGAUAGCAGCAGUAUAUUCAACUCUGAAUCAGCGAGUGUCAUUGACUCCAAUACGAGCAGGAUAGCAAAAUUUUUCAAUAGACGUUAG